AUGUCUGCUGCGAAACCAGUAUUUCCUCGUACGGUCACCAACCUUGACCAGGCGGCAACAGAAGAGGCUCAACAGCGUGAUGGAACAGCGACCCGCGCUUUCUCAAACAUUCAGAUCACCACCUCGGAUGGCCGCUGUCUCUUUGUCGACAAGCUAUCUGGAGAUUUUCGUGAGAAUUUGACACCGGUACAGAUUGCUGCCUGUGGGUCGACAGACGGCCAGGGCUGGGAUAUCAUAACCGCUGGAGAGCACAUCAAUACCGCCAACUCCAUGUUGCUUGUCAACACCCUUACCCAGGCCUGCCUCAAUUUUGACUCCCGUCGUGCUGCCGGUAAUCAGGUCAUUCUCUUCUCGUGUGGUGGGCGAGCCGAUGGUGGGGGUACUGCAACCACGUCACAGGCUUUCUCGUUUAACGGCACUGCGGGGCCAAUUUCUUUCAAACCCGAAAAUGCUGCAGGCUCCUGCCUGACUUCUCUGGGAGAUGUCGUUGAUGUUGCCGACUGUGAUUUUUCAGACCCUAACCAGGUAUUCGCCUUUGGUGGCGCUGCUGCCGCGACGGCGACAUCCGACGCCUCUGCCCAGACUUCUAGUGUCUUAUCAGCCAUCCCAUCUGUGAGAUCUAGUGCCACUACAUUCACCGCCCUAUUUAUGUUUGCCACAACUACAUCUACGGCGGGCUCAGAGGAGGCCACGAUAACGGCCACUGCCAGCACGUCAACAUCUGCCAGUGUCCCCCCACAAUCUGCCUCCCUUUCAACCGCGGCUGCCAUUGCCAUACCAACAACUGCAGUUUCUGUAGGACGUGGUGGCAACUUCGAUCUAACGGCGGCUUUAGAAGCAAAUCUCCGAGAUGCCAAUGCUACGAAGGCGUUUACUAAUGUGGAAAUCCGCGCCCCCAACGGACAGUGCCUCUUCGUCGACCCUACUGCCGGCGAUUUCCGUGAGAACCUCAUCCCCGUCUCAUUGGUCGACUGUUCAGGCACGCCUAAUGAGAAGUGGGACGUCAUCACCGCUGGACAGCACAACGACGCGGAGAAUGCUGCCCUCAUAGUUAGCAGCCUGACAAACGGCUGCAUCAGCUUUGAUGGCCGCCGGUCAGCCAAUGACACAGUGAACCUUUUCUCCUGUGGCGGCCGUGCUGACGGCUACCAACUAAUGCCGUUUACUGGUGCCUUGAGCUUCGCCUUUUCCCCUACAGGAGAGAAUGGUGCCGUCUGCAUCCUUCCAGGUGACGGCCGGCUGAUCUCUGGGACAUCUUAUAGCACUCACGCGAAGCCCUCAGGUUCGCAGAACCCAGCAUCAGAUCUCUCUGAUACAUCCGUUCCUGUCCCGGCCUACAACCGCCACAGCAUAACCGUCAGCACUACCGCUGUUGAUCGCGGUGCCAAACCAUCUGAUAUGGCAGAAGCACCCUCGUCGGCAUCGCAGACGGCAAGGCAGAGCGGGUGGAACACCAUGUCGCCUACUUCGCCGGGCGUACCUGAGAUGCGACGCCGCGCAACUCGGACUGUUACCUUUCGAAAUGUGGACGACUUUGCCGGGUAUGCAGGACGGCCUGGCUGGCAGCCGGGAUCUGAGCCAGGAAUCGACACAACCAAGCCGGACGGAGGGCGGGAAACGCUGGCGCACAUGAAGGCUCCUAGCGAUAUCACAGUCGUGGAUUUUAGCCAGUCAGAUAUGUCGACAACGCGCCUCGACAACAGCUCAUUGGCCGGAUUUCUUGCCAUACCGCAGGCGGCCAAUAUGAAAUGCAGGUGGAUCAAUGUCAAUGGCCUCAGCUGGGACGUCAUCCAGAUCUUGGGCAAUCACAAGAAGCUCCAUCGCCUUGCCAUUGAAGACUUGAUGAACACUCGAAAUCGGACAAAGGCAGAUUGGUACCCGACACAUACGUACUUGGUGCUCGUGCUGCUGAAACUUGUCCACACUGACGGUGCCCAGAAGCAGGAGGAAGGUGACAAUGACGGCAAUGACGGCGAGGACGACGGUAAGAGCUGGAUCAGUAAGGGUAGCUCUCGCUGGCGAAGGAAAGUUUCCGAGACAUUGAAGACCCUGUUUGGAGAGCCGGGUGAAGGCUACGACGUUGCGGACUCACCCGUCGCUGUUCCGGCCAAGGUCCUGGAAAACGGCCAGCAACUGCGGCUACAGCGGUCGACGAGCACAGCCACAAAGCUGCUGCACAUCAACGAGUUUCGCACCCUGCAACGGUAUCGUGCUUCUCCAAACGACGCGAGAACGGAGUUUAUGGAAAGCCACUCCGUUCUGAGCUCGCAGAAACUUGCCGUGGCUGCCGAGCAGGUCUCAGUCUUUAUCACGGACGACAACACCGUCAUCUCCUUCUUUGAGCUUUCGGCAGAGGACGUGGAGGAGCCGAUACUUAAUCGUCUCGUUGUUCCCGAUACCACGCUGCGACGGUCCUGCGAUGCAUCAAUGCUUGCCCAGGCCAUCCUGGACGCCAUCAUUGAUCUGGCCAUCCCCCUGACUGUGUGCUACGGGGAUGUCAUUGCCGAUCUUGAGCUGGACGUGUUGACACGGCCUAGCGUAAGCCAUACCAAGAGUCUCUACAUCACCAUUACCGAGGUCAACAAGGUGCUGAGCUUUAUCAAUCCGAUUAUGAAUCUGAUAAACACUCUACGGGACCACAAGACAGAGGGAGUCGGCCCCGACGAUAUGCAGGACCCCAGGAAGGGAGUUAUUAUAUCCCCGACAACGUACGUCUACCUUGCCGAUGUUCUUGAUCACUGCGUCCUGAUCACCGAGGCCCUGGAACAGGUCAAAGGCCAAGCGGAAAACAUGAUCUCGCUGAUCUUCAACACCAUCUCGGCCUAUCAGAACGAGUCGAUGAAGCAGCUGACCAUUGUGACAAUCAUCUUCUUGCCCUUGACGUUUUUGACAGGAUAUUUCGGCCAAAACUUCGACGGAUUCUCUGAUCUGAAACGUGGCAUCCCAUUUUUCUGGGAAAUUGCGGGUCCUGUCAUAUUCUUCACCAUAAUCAUCAUGAUGCGUCAGAUGAUUAUGGAGUCGUUGGCAACCCUGGUGCAGAGGCACCACAUCGGCAACCUACGAAAGCAUCAUCGGAAGCACAAGCACCGGACGUGA